AUGUCGACGGCAGCAUCUAGAGCAGGCGGGAGCAGCAGUGGGGCUACCCCUGCUGUCAACCAGCGAGCGGUGGACUUCCGCCGACAGCUGGAUGCGCACACAAGAACAUUGGUGGAAAGCUUCGGAGGGCUCGUUAGGUUGGCGAAGAUCACCAAUCCACAGAGCACCGAACGAGAAGAGUUUCAGGUCAAUGUGGCGACGGCAAGUCUUGCGACGGCCGGCGAGGGACUUCUUCGCCAGAUACGGGAGCUAAAGCUCGCCGUCAUGCUGCAGGACGAAGCGGCCAUGGACCUUGAGGUGGACCAAGCCUUGGCCAAGAUCGCUAGCGAGCGAGAAGAGCUCGAGAAAGAGCUAGAGGCCUUGUCCAACGACCUCAAGGGUGCGUACGCGAAGGCAGCCAUGGCUGGGGGGGGCGACGCGGAUAGUUCAUCGGCGACGGUCACGGGGGUGGAAGGAGUCGUGUCGAGUUUUAGCGGUAUGGAUGUGGUGGGAGAAAGACAGGGGGACGCGAUGGGGAAUGCCGCGGAAGAGGAAGGGGACGGGGUGGCAAGAUGA